AUGUCCCAUAACGCCGACUCUUCUACUGGCCCCAACGAACGUCGGCGCAACUCAGUACACUUCGAGGGAAUACCGGACUCUACCGACGGUGCUAGCAUCAGCACCGCUAGCAUUCUCACCGCCUCACGCACUCCUCUUGAGACUCCCGUCAACGGAUAUAACCCUUUCGCCUCGCAGCACGCUCUUGCAGCACCCGCCCCCGUCGCAUUUCCCGAGAGCAUCUCGCCAAGGCGUCCUCCUGGUAAUCUUGCGACCUCCCAAGACCGCUCAGACCCGCCUACAGAUUUCGCCAAUGGACAUCAAGAUCGAGGCUCGGCAGAGGCUUCCGGCUCUGGCCAGCGUGGUUCCGAUUCUACACUGGUGGUCGAUACGAUCAACGAGAAGAAGUCCCUUUUCGGUGACAAAGACCACCCUUUCGACACGCUUCCCAACCCGCACCGCGAGUCCCCGUUCCAAAAGACAUAUGGCGCACCGCACGGUCCCGAGGAUGAACAAGGCAGUGACGGUCAACCCCUCCUUCACCCGAUUGAGGACCCGAUGCUUCGUCAACGCCAGCAUCGCGGCUUACAGAGCGAGAAGACUAAGCUCUGGAACGUCGAACGUGGUGCCGAUCUUGAAGAGUUGGAGGAUGGACGGUUCGGUAGUGAUGAGACGCGCGUGACGCUUCCAGCGUACAGCAGGCGGUCUUCUGUCGACUCUGCCGGCUCUCUGGGGUACGAUGAUGACGACCCUCGAGUAACUGGUAUCAGGCGCGAGCAGCUUGAUGACCAGGUCGAGCGUGAGGCAUUCACGCGCCGUAGUAUGGUGUUGAAGAACAUGUCCUAUCGUGAACGCAAGAAGGAAGCGGCAAAAAUGGUCAUCCAAUACAAUGUGACUUCGAUCAUCAACCGACGGAAGUUUAUCAUCAAGUUAGCUCGGGCGCUCAUGACAUUCUCCGCCCCGUCUCAUCGCAUUGAAAUGCAGCUCUCGUCUGCCGCGCGAGUGCUCGAACUUGAGGCAGAGUUUGUGCACUUACCGUCAAUUAUUCUCGUCUCCUUCGGCGAUCCAGAGUACAAGACAUCCGAGACGCAUUUCGUGAAAUGCAGCGGCGCUCUCUCUCUGGGCUCUUUACACGACGUUCACCAGAUCUAUCGGAAGGUCGUGCACGACGAGGUCUCUGCCAAAGAAGCGGCGAAGAUGUUACAGAAGAUCCUUGAUACCCCGCCUAUCUAUGGUCGUUGGAUACGAUCUGCUUUAGCAUUCUUACUGUCUGCUCUAAUCUGCCCGCUUGCGUUUGGCGGUUCAUUCGUCGAUAUGUGGCUUGCCGGCACUGGCGCAGUCUUGCUGUCGUUCUUGCAGAGUACUGUGGCUACGAAGAGUCUGUACGAGAACGUGUUCGAGAUCACUGUUGCCAUGUUGAUAUCAUUUGCCGCCCGUGGUCUAUCCAGCAUCUCGUCGCAGCUCUUCUGCUAUACGGCCGUCUCGUCGGCGGCCAUCAUUGGCAUACUUCCCGGCUACCUCAUUCUCAGUAGCUCACUUGAGAUGGCUUCGAAGAACAUCUUGACAGGCUCCGUCAAGAUGGUCUACGCCCUCAUCUACACGCUCUUCCUGGGCUUCGGCUUGCAGAUCGGUUCGGACAUCUUCCUUCUCUUCGAUCCCAAAGCGCGCGAGUUCCUCAAGUCGUUCUCAACGAGCGGCGCCAGCAUCAUCUACUCCGGGCAAUUCAUCGCGGACAACGGUACUGUCGGCUCAGCGACCAUCCCACUCAACGGAACAUUCACCUUCCAGAAUGACGCCGCCCCUGGUCUGAAGGACCUGAUCGAGGGCUGCUACCGCCCGGAGUACUUCCCCUGGUACAAGCAACCCUUCCCGUUUUACUCUUCCUUCAUCAUCGUGCCACUCUUCUCCAUUGGCACAAGCCUAGGUAAUCUGCAGCCAUGGAAGUCUCGCGACCUUAUCGUCAUGGUCGUCAUCUCCUGCGCGUCAUACACUGCCAACAAGGCUGCGAACCACUAUAUCUUUGGUCGUUCAGACGUCGUGAGCGCUAUCGGCGCGUUCGUAUGUGGCAUGCUGGGAAAUAUGUACUCGCGGCGAUUCGGUGGUACUGGUUUCCAAGUCAUGGUCACCGGCGUGCUCUUCCUCGUGCCGUCCGGCCUUUCACAAGCGGGCGGUAUCACGGCCAAUGGAAACGGUAUCGAGAUUGGCGCUGCUAUGAUUGCGGUCACCAUCGGUAUCACUGUCGGGUUGUUCAUGAGCCAGGCAUUGGUGUACGCUUUUGGCUCGAGGAAGAAGGGUGCCAUAUUCUCGUUCUGA